CGAGCCGGCAUCACACUUCGCUCCAUCCACCACCAAACUCUCAUUUCACCCAGCACCUACGCCACACCAAGAGACAAGCAAGCACCUCGCCACCAAACCCUCAGCUCCCCGGUCGUCCGUCCACCUCGCCGCCGGCCGAGCCAUGGAGGUGGAGGCGUUCCCGAUCGGGUUCACGAGGGGCGUGCGCGCGCACUGGCGCCGCCGCAACUACCAGCGCCUGGAGGCCGGCGGCAAGUCGGCUGCCCGAGGCAGCAACACGCAGCGCCUGGGCGGCGCGCGGCGCGUGGGGUGGCGCGUGCGGCUGCGGGGGCUCCUCGUCCGGCGGGCGCGGGCCGUGCGCGCGCUCGUGGCGGCGCCGGGGCGGCUGCUGGCGCGGGCGCGGGACGCGUACGUGGGCGGCAUGCUGGCGGUGGCACGGAAGGCGUCGGCCACGGCGCUGCCCGGCGGCGGGCCCGAGGGCAUCUGGGCCAGGCGCGUGCCGCGGCGGAAGCAGCUGCCGCCGGCCACGGCCCGCGCGUCCGAGUUCGAGCAGCGGCUGGUCAUGGAGAUCUACAAGUCCAUCGUCGCCUCCAAGGAGCUCACCACCAUGCUCCACUCCUCCGCCGCGCACCUGCCGGCGCCGCCCGCGCGCGCCUAGCUGCCGGGCGGUCGAAUUUUUCUCGUGUUGAUCGGUCGAUCGAUCUGAAGCGAGGUUUUUCAGGAUGAUGGUGUGCUCCCUUUCAUUAGUUGCUGCUACAAAAGCGGCGGCACUGUUCAUGAUUUGUACUGUGGUAACUUGUUGUAAGAAAGGUCCCAGUAGAAAUCAAUUCUGAUUAAGCUGUUCAGACACUUUUGUAUGCAUGCUUGGCGUCCUUGUCAAGGCAAAUCUUUUCCACGGCUGCGUUUUCAAGGAAAAUCCGUAUGAAAAGUCGAACGGUCCAAAUCCAUUGUCUGGAACUCUGAAUAGAAAAGCCUGAUGCUAAUUCAUACUA